UUCUGCAUGCUUGAGCGAGUAUAAUUUCUUGCCUUUAUUUCUAAUGGGUUCAGGUAUCUUCCGGGUUGCCGAUCUGUACUCUUCUGUACUGCCCCUUCGAAGUUCUCAUCACCGCGAGUUCCAACUUCUCAGCAAGUUUACAAGUCGAAUUCUCCACAUACCCUACUACCCUGGGCUCAGGGUUUAUCUGUGUCAUGACUCAUCUUCUCUUCACAAAUAUCUGAUCUGCGGGGGCUAUAUGCUUUUGUUACACCCUGGUGCUGCAGAACGGUGAUUCUCUUAUCUGAUCCUGUCAUUCAUGGCCUCAUGGUCAGCACGCCCCUACUAACUCGUCAUCCAUCAGCGUUCAGUGGGGUCACGGUCUCAAGCCUUCAUGGUGGCGUUUCACAGAUACAUUCAAGGCACUGCUUGGCCUCAAUAUAUCUAAACAAAAUCAAUCAAUGCAAUACCGCUAGUCUCCUCUGGUGUAAGUGUUCCAAACCAGUACCGGUCGUAUUUUACUCAACUGCGCCGUGCUUCCAGGUUAAUAGAGACCGGUCCUCGGUCAACCACUCUGUUAUUCAUAUUACUACUUGUUCAGCACAAAUGCGCCGAGCAUUGGCUGCAGUAAAAUUCUAUCUUACUGACCUCACGAAGUUUUCGCGGUGGAAGAACGACUCAUUACUUGUCCUGCGCACCAUCCUAGGUCGACUAGAUCCUUCAUACUCUAGAUCGAGCAAUCGCGUUACAAUAAAAUCCCAGAACAGUGCCCAGUUUUUUGCUCGCAAUCUAGGACAACUCUGAUCAGAUGUCUUAUGGCGAUGCCCUCCUUCUGUGAACGUACCGCCUCCCUCCUAGUAAAAAUUAUAAACUAUCGUUCACAGCACUUGCCUGCCUUCUCAUCCCUGCAUUUAACAGCUCGAAUGCACAAAAAUACUAG